AUGUGCUCUGGGCGUUCUAAGAAUGAUGAGCCUCAUCUCCCCUUCGCAUUCCUCUCUUCUCUUCCCUCCUCCAUCUCGUCCCCUCCCUCACUCUCGUGUUCCCCGACAAUGAAUGGAGGGUGCGCUCUGCUCUCAAGGCACCGUGGUGCUGAAGGCGCACAAGGGAGGGGCGUCCCUUCAGGCCUCCGUGCUGUCAAGGCGCGCCUCUGUGCUGUUCCGCAACGAUGUGGGCAAGGUGAUGUUGAACGCGCCACUGUGCAAGGGCAUAACCAUCAUGCCCCUCUCACCCCCUCUCUACCUCCCCCCCCUUCCCCCUCCUUCCCGCCAUUGUCGUGCACACUCUCCCGCACGCAGGUGGGCAAGGUGAUGCUGAACGCGCCACUGUACAAGGGCAUAACCAUCAUGCUCAAGAAAAACAACAUCACCGCCGUCCUGCAGUCAUGUCAAGACGACACUGCUCCUGCCGGCACCACGCUUGACAAGUCCCCGAGGCCCGUGACCUUCAAGCUUGCAUCGGUGAAGGCAGCAGAAGACUUGCAAGCUGGGUUCAAGGAAGCUUGUGAUCAACUCUUCCACACCAGAUUCCUCUCCGCAGUCAGCUCAUCCAGCCAAAGCCUACUCUCAGCCAUGGCUGCCUUCGCUGUCUGCUCUGCCUCCGUGGUGGCUCCCUCCAGCCUCUUGGCUAACAAGAGCGUUGCGUCGAGCAAGGUGUCCGCCACCCCCAUGCUCGUCAGCAACAAGAGCCGCGUUGUGAUGAGCGCGAAGAAGGAGCAGAACAUCGCUCUCCCCGUCACCGCUGCUCUGAUCGCUGCUGCCAUCAUCCCCGAGAUUGCUGAGGCUGCCCAGCCCGGCGUGUCCCCCUCACUGCAGAACCUGAUCAACAGCGUGAUUGCUGGCGGUGUUGUCCUGGGAGGCAUUGCCGUAGCUAUCGUCGGCGUGUCUACCUUCGACCCCGUCAAGAGAAAGUAA